GAAGAAGAGGAGGAGGCGGAGGAGGAGGAGGAGGAGGAGGAAGAAGAGGAAGAAGAAGAAGAAGUAGAAGUAGAAGAAGAGGAAGAAGAGAGAAGCGGUCAUUCAUUCUACUCCAUUUUGUGGCGUGGAGAGUUCGGUAUCCUGCACAGCAAAUCAGUUAAAGGAAAGUUAAACGGAACUGAAUCCCACGUGAAUCUCUACGUCAUUUGUAGCCUAAGUGCAGCAGUUUUGCAACCAUUUAGACCUCUUAUAAUGAAAUCAGAAGCCAGACAAGACUGUUUAAGGAAAUCGUCACCGACUGUCACAGCUGCUUGCUCACAGCUUUGGGAAAAUGUGCAGGCAAGCACUUCUACCACUUUAGGUGAAGACACAUACAGCUCAGUGGAUCAACAAAAUGGAGGAAUGCAGGAGAAACAUAUAAAAGAAGAACCUAAACAAGACUCUCUAUAUAGUCUUGCAGACUAUUGCAGUUCCUUCUUCGACAAUCGUAAGGUGGUGUCAUCUCCAGAUGUCUUCAUCCCUGACACCCCUGUUGCAAUAGGAGUCACCAACCAAGCUGGACAGACCCGUCCACCAGGGGUAGAACUCCAGGACCCUGCUAAUCCUGAUGCAGUGUUUAAUACGGGAGAGACUGUUUCAGCUGCACACUGUGGGCCUAGCCAGGGAGACGCAACUGAACAAGAGGAUGUUAUGACGAGUCCCUUCUCUUGGGUGAGGAAAGUCAAAGUACACCAGCGGCUUAAAAGGGAAUACCAAUGCUCACACUGUGGGAAGUGUUUUCCCAGUCUGUCUGCAUUUAAACCCCAUGAACGCAUUCAUACAGGAGAAAAGCCUUAUGAAUGCUUGCAGUGUGGGAAGACUUUCAAUCGUCAGAUUGCUCUCAAACUCCACGAGCGCAUUCACACAGGAGAGAAGCCAUAUAAGUGCUCAGAGUGUGGGAAGACUUUUAAUCGACUGAAUGGUCUCCUACAACACCGGCGUGUUCACACAGGAGAGAAGCCGUAUCACUGCAAACAGUGUGGGAAGAGUUUUUCUAACUGGAGUCAAGCUAAUGUACAUGAACGCAUUCACACAGGAGAGAAGCCAUAUCACUGCUCAGAAUGUGGGAAGAGUUUUGCCUAUAAGCAAAACUUCGAGUUACAUCAACGCACUCACACAGGACAUAAACCAUAUCACUGCUCAGUUUGUGAUAAGUUUUUUACCCAACCAGGUGUUUUCCAAGUACAUGAACGUACUCACACAGGAGAGACGCCAUAUCACUGCGGAGAGUGCGGGAAGGGUUUUUCCCAUUAUGGUAAUUACAAAAGACACCAGCUCAUUCACACAGGACAGAAGCCAUAUCACUGCUCAGAAUGUGGAAAGUGUUUUACCCAACUAACUGGUCUGCAAACACACCAGCGCAUACACACACAGGAGAAGCAGUGUGAUCAAGGACAAAACGCUUAGGAAAGACAAAUUCACUAACACAAAGUCAACUUCUGACAUACGAGUUUGCUCUGGAUCCACUGUGUCCUUGACCAGAAUAAAGCAGUUACUAAAGAAUGAAUGGAAAAAAAUAUUGAUUUGGUCCCCAUGGACUUUCCCAGCAGAAAUGUGGUCUAUAUUUGUCAAAGAAAUGAUUUUUUUGUUUGUCUUUUUUUGUAAAAUCACAAUGUAUUCAUUACACUACACAAUAAACAUAGCAUAAAUUAAAAUGACAAAUGUCUGU